AUGAAGAAAGGCCCAUUGGGCCAGAAUCAGCUACAGGUACACCUAUACACAUACACCUACACCAUCUUGUUUCCUCCUUCUCUCCCCGAAACGAAGAAGAACCAAGUUCUUCAGGAGCCGAUCAUGAUUAGCGUUCUAGCUCAGGAGCGGUUGCUGGGGGCCGCACUCGGAAGCAUAUUCACUGGAAUGGUAGUAUUCGAGCAGCGAAGAAGCAUUUAUAAGUCCAUUUCAGAUACUCAGCCUCAAUUAAACUCCCAAUUUCAGGUAAUUUCUUCUCUUUCUCUUUUUAUUUAUUCGUAUUGUGUCGUAGUUUAGGUUUAUGAAACCCUA